AAAACAUAAGAAUUUUAAAAUUAAUGCGUUAACACUUAUUUUAAAAUUAUCAUCUCUACUCUUUUUCUUAUUUUAAAAUAUUUUUGUAACCUUGAUUAAUUUGCCCAAUGUCUCUGUCUACACAUUUCACUUAAUUUUUUUAUUUCACUUCCCAAAAUCAAUUUCCAAAGGCAACAUUUCUUGAAUCAGUCGGCCCCCACUUUUCUACUUUUGGGGUUGAAAAAAUAGUGCAAAAAUAAUGUCAUGAGUAUGUUUUCAUGCUUUUAGGCUGGAAAAAGAUUGAUUCUUGGUGUCACUAAUACCAUAUCUCAAAAUUCAUUCAUUUUGUUAUCUAACUAAGAAGGGAAUAGAUUGAUUCUUGGUCAAGAAGUAUACACAAAUUUUGAAUUAAGUUACCGAAGUUUUGGGCUUUUUUUCUAUUGUGUUGUAGAGGUUGUUUUUAUUUGAGUUCUUGGAGUUGGGUUUUUCUUGGUUUUUAUUGAUUGUUGAAAAAUGGGUUCAUCUGAUAAAUUGUUUAAUAGGCAGAGAAGUCUUCAUCAGAUCCUUGGAGGAUGUUUUGUUGCUGAUGUAGUUCUAUGGAGGCAAAAAGAUGUGACGGUGGGAAUUCUUGUAGGAACAUUGUUUGCUUGGGUGGUCUUUGAGAUAUCUGGUUAUACACUUCUAUCACUAGUCUCAAGUGUUUUCUUUCUGCUGUUCACCAUUUUGUUUCUGUGGGCUAAAUCAGCUGCAAUCCUUAACAGACCAGCUCCACCCCUGCCGCAUUUGUAUCUCUCUGAAGAAAUGGUAAAUCAAGCAGCUUGUUUCAUCCGCAGUCACAUAAACAUGUUACUGUCGGUCUCUGAGAAUAUUGCCCUUGGGAAGGACACAGAUAUGUUUGUUAAGGUGUCUGGCGGGCUGCUUCUGAUAUCUGUACUUGGGAGCUUGACUGAUUUCCUCACAUUGGGCUACACUAGUCUUGUGAUUGUUCUUACAGUUCCGGCACUCUACGAGAAGUAUGAAGACCGAGUUGAUACAUAUGUGUUAAUGGCAUACAGGAAAUUGCGGCAGUUGCAUUAUAAAUUUGAUGCAGUGUGUGUUAGCAAGGUUCCAAGGUUUAAUUUGGAAGAAAAGAAAUUAAGCUAAUCCAGUUUUCUCUGUUGUAUCAAGUUUUAGGUUGUUUUGGGGUUUGUGGUUUCGAUAGCCUUUUUGUUAUAUAUCUUAGUUUCUUUCGCUUGCUCACAGGAAGUGAAUGGAGAGCAAGUGCUCCGAGGGGCACCGAGAUAUGAGAGAUUGUAAUUUGCACAUAAUAUGUGUUGUGUACAUCAAUGUAUUGAAUUGGAACUAAGACAAGUUCUUACGAAGAAGCCUGUGCUUUUUUUUUGUCAAAUGGAUACGGAAGACUUAUUUGGAUUGAA